AAGGACAACCCGGAAGUGCCGCCGCCGCCUCCCGCUCGGUGCUAGGAGCCGCCGGCCCGGCGAGGUCCAGCCGCGCUCCCGCCGCCCUGCAGCCCGCCGCCCCCGCCACGCGGUCGUCUCGCGCCGAGGCAGCCGGGGCCCCCCGCCCCAGGUCUCACUCCGCUCCCCCCGCCCCCCUCCAACACCCCGCCCCGGGCGAUCGGCCCCCGCCCCCACGCCCGCCCGAGAGGAGGAGCCGAGGUGUGGGGGAGGAGGAGGGAGAGGUUUGCUAGAGGGAACGAGGCCGCGCGAGCCGGCGGCGGUUCGUAUUACCGGGGUCGGGAGGAGGAGCCCGGCCGGGCCCGCGCGGACUCGUGCAGGGCGAGCGGGAGGCGCGGAGGAGGCGGGAGGGGGCCGCCCCGGUGGCGAGGAGGCCGGCGGGAGGCCGGAGACUGAGAAUUAGGGCGUGGGGGCGCACUCCAUUCCUCCGCCGCCCUCCGCCGGGGCCUUGGUGGCCGGGCCUCCCCUGCCUGGCAGGCCCGGGAGCCGCCCGCCGCUGCCUAGGGCCCGUCCCGGGGCGAGGGGGGGCGCGGCGGAGCGUGGAGGUGCGGACGCGAGGCCUGGACGGCGCGGCCAGGUGAUGCUGGGCCCCUGUGUUUCUCCAGAGGAAAGGGGACCCCCCCCACCCCCCGCGCCUCAGAGCAGCCGUGUCCCUGGGCUACCCCAGCCAGGCGUUUGGACCUCAGCCCUAGAGGGAGUCGGGCAGCUGUGAUUUUGCCUGCCUCCGUUAAGUGCCCUUAGGAUGCAGUGAUCGAGACAUCGGGCUCUCCCUGCGGGAGGGGCUCUUCCUGCGCUGGUGAACUUGGUGCAGAGAAAAAGGACAGAAUGAUGCUCUCCGAGCAAGCCCAAAAGUGGUUUCCGACCCAUGUGCAGGUCACCGUGCUCCAAGCCAAAGAUCUUAAGCCAAAAGGCAAAAGUGGCACCAAUGACACAUACACUAUAAUUCAGCUGGGAAAGGAAAAGUACUCCACCUCUGUAGCUGAGAAAACCCUUGAGCCAGUCUGGAAGGAAGAGGCCUCUUUUGAGCUACCUGGGCUGCUAAUGCAGGGCAAUCCAGAGAAAUACAUCCUUUUCCUCAUAGUUAUGCACAGGUCCCUGGUGGGUCUGGAUAAGUUUUUAGGGCAGGUGGCCAUCAAUCUCAAUGACAUCUUUGAGGACAAACAAAGAAGGAAAACAGAGUGGUUUAGAUUAGAAUCCAAACAAGGAAAAAGAGCCAAAAACAGGGGUGAGAUAAAGGUCAAUAUUCAAUUUAUGAGGAACAAUAUGACAGCAAGUAUGUUUGACUUAUCAAUGAAGGACAAAACAAGAUCUCCUUUUGCAAAAUUAAAAGAUAAGAUGAAAGGUAGAAAAAAUGAUGGGACAUUUUCUGAUACAUCUUCUGCAAUCAUUCCAAGUUCUCACAUGCCUGAUGCCAAUACUGAAUUUUCAAGUAGUGAAAUACAGAUGAAAUCUAAACCAAAAAAGCCUUUCCUUUUGGGUCCUCAGCGACUCUCUUCAGCACAUUCAAUGUCUGAUUUAACUGGGGCCCACGUAUGCUCGGAGAAGCUGAAGUCUGGCACUGUUGCUCAAACGCAUCUUCUUGGCCGCCAGAUAGAUUCCUUUGGAGCAGUUCCGGAAAGUGGAAGUCUCAAAUCUCCACACAGAAGAACAUUAAGCUUUGAUACUUCUAAAAUGAACCAACCUGACAGCAGUGUGGAUGAAGGUGAAUCGUCUUUCGGAAGACAAAAUGACCCAUUUACAAAUGUGACUGCUUCAUUACCCCAAAAAUUUGCAACACUGCCAAGGAAGAAAAAUCCGUUUGAAGAAAGCAGUGAAUCAUGGGACAGCAGCGUGAAUUUAUUUUCAAAAUCAAUUGAAGUAAGAAAAGAAAACAAGAGAGAAAAAAGGGAGAAAGUCAGCCUCUUUGAAAGAGUGACUGGAAAAAAAGAUAGAAGAUCUGAUAAACUUAACAACGGGGGAGCUGAUAGCCCUUGUGAGUUGAAAUCACCUAAUGCAUUUAGUGAACGUCGGCAGGACUAUUUUGAUUAUGAGUCAACCAAUCCGUUUACAACAAAAUUCAGGGCUUCAAAUAUAAUGCCAUCUUCAAGUACAGGUUGGAACUGUAUGGCUUAAGUAAGAUGAUGCAUUUUGCAGAAGUGAAUGGUGGAAUAGCUGAUUAAGGAAACCUCAAGCAAAAAAUAAGAUGAAUGUAUUGGAAUCUUAUGCAGUUAUCAUGGAGGAGCAUGGUAGACUGUUUGCCUUGAAACAUAGAUGUUCUUUCCCGAGUCAAGAACGUAUGGUGGUCAGAUUCCAGCGAGAAGCCUGCUUAGUGGCUCUGUGACCUCUCUCAACUUCUGCAUCUCUGUCUUUGAAAUGAGGAAAAGGAGACAUUCUCAGUAGGGUUGGGGGACGAUAAGUGAUAAAGUACGUGGCAUAAAGCCAGGCCCCAAAUAGGGAACCCGUAAACAGUGGUUGCUGUUACGUUUUAUAUGGUGCCAUGUCAUAUUUUGUUCAAGAACGUUGCUUUGUUUUGUCCCACUAUAAACAGAAAAUAGUACUAAUAAUCGCCCUUUUAGGCUUGUGAUCUCCUGCCUGUCUUCUGAUCUCUUAAAACAUGCAUUUAGAGUUUUCCAGGGAAAGCUAGUAUUUCUUUUGUCUUCUUUUAUCAAAAUAAAUGGGUAUUCACUGUAGCUUUGGAAAGUAUUGUUCAGUUUUCUUUAUAGACUAUACUUCAAAGAAAUAUGUUUUUAUCAUAUGGUAUUAAUAUUUUAUUGAGAAGUCCAUGGUUUUGAUAUGCUAUUCUCAAAUAUUUCAUGUUGGUAUUUUACAUACUAUACUUCACAUAUUGUGUUAAGAAACUACAGAGGUAAAUAGAAAUGUAUUUGCUUUUUUCCCCCUCAACUGAACUUUUUCUGAACAAAGUUAUUGCCAAGAACUAUCUGAGAUAACUUAGAGAUUGGAUAAUUUACAUAAUUUUAGAGUCAAAGAAAAACGAAAACAAUGGGACAUGGUAGGAAAAUGAUUUUUAAAUUAUGGCAGUAUGUGGAAAAAUAGGUGUCCUCAAAUUUGUAAUUGCCUUACACUUGGCUAUUUACAUGAACUUAAAAAUUAAUGUUUUAAAAGUGAGUGUGGUAUUUUGCUAAAUUGAGGCUUUAUUUUGGGUUACUUCAGUAUUAAUGCUGUGUCUGUCAAAAUUAAAGCUGUAAUCCUAAAGGAAAUCAACCCUGAAUAUUCACUGGAAGGACUGAUGCUGAAGCUCCAAUACUUUGGCCACCUGAUGUGAAGAGCUGUCUCAUUGGAAAAGACUCAGAUGCUGGGAAAGAUU